GGCCGUGAGUCCAACUGUCUUGAUAACAUUGCAAAAAAGAAAAAAUACGAAACAGAACUAAUUCUGAAAUUCCAAAGUGUUCUGAAUCGUUUUCAUUUUGGGGAACUUUUUUUGACAAAACGCUGGUGCGCCGUGCGGAUUUUGUGCAAAUGGUGUGAAAAAGUCCUCAAUGAUGUUGUCGUUGAAAACUGGUAGGGACUUGUUCAAAUGCCUGGUGGCGGCUGGCCGCUGUUCUCUGUUGCAUUCGAGUCUGCCGACGUGCGGGACUACUUUAAUACGACGGAGUUAUGGCGAUCACGGCAGCACCAUUGGUGGUGGUCGCGAUGGAGGCAGAGGUGACGAUGACGAUGAUGGGUUCGUAAAGCCCAGCAACUACAAGGUAUUCAAAGAUGACGACUCUUCGGUGAUCUUGGACGUGGAAGAGGAACGCGCUUUGCUUGACUCGCAGUUGUCCGCUGACGAUACUCCUUCAGAUUUUGAUGAAAUCGAUCAAUUUGCUGGUUUCAAUAUAUCACGUGGCGUGUCCGGAGUGUUCGAAGUGGAGCAUCUAGUGGAAGUGCUCCAAAAGAACAACGCAUCGAACGUGUUCGUCGUGUCCAUCCCUGCCAAUGUGAGGUACGUUGAUUACAUAGUAAUCGCAACAGGAAGAUCGCAAAAACAUUUGAUGUCGAUCGCCGAUUUCGUUCACAAGCUUUUUAAGAAAAAGCGCCGGCCAUCGGACAACAUACCCAGAAUAGUGAACAAGAAGCCUAUAGACUGGAUUGCAUUAGACAUAGGUAAUAUAGCUGUCCACUUGUUAACGAAAGACACCAGGAAGAAUUUUGACCUGGAGACAAUUUGGAGCGUAGGAGAAAAGUUUGAUUCCCACCUCAACAGGCCAGCUGAUUCGUUGGUCACGUUAUUGAACGAACAUUCGUUUAGUUUAGACAAUUUAGAACCGGUUGAUUUCGAACAUGUAAAAAUCCAUUAACUCGUUGACGUACGAUUUUACUCGAGUCAACUGUAAAUAUCCUUUGAAUAUUCUGUUUUAUUUUUUUAUUGUAUGUAAUUUAAAAAUUAAAUCACUGUUUUUAUUUCAAAAAUUAAAAAAAUUAAAAUAAUAAUUGA